AUGGAUAGAAAAUCUGCUAGAAUAAAAGCAGAGUUACAAAAAUAUGGUUGGAGAGUUUCGAAGAAUUUUAAAUAUAGGAAGGGAAGACCCAUAAAAGUCUAUGACAAAUUGUCUGGUCUUCGCUACGAAAUGGAUUUGGAAACAGCACGUGCCAAUUAUCCAAACAGACUAGAGAGGUUAGAAGAAGAACGUCUUAUGGACAUGCCUUUCGAUGUUAGUGAACCUCAAGUUGAAGGACACGACGGCUUUGCCAGAUUCUACUGGAAACAUGACGAACAAUUGCAUCCUUUGAGAAGGAAAAAAGGAAAAGGUGAAGACGCACAUGCUCCCAUGGAAAGAACAAGAUAUGCAUAUGAAAAGUAUCGUGAAGUUAGAAGUCAAAUUACAUCUGGUCGAACCUUUACAGUAAACUUUGACGAAGGAAAGAACAAAGAAGGCUUCAUGGGU